CACAGCCGCAAAUGGGGUUGUGCUGCUCAGCUGCCAUCCCAUCUCCCAUCUGGCAGGCUUGCACAUUUGGGUUUUAGAAGAGGCUGCAGCCACACACUCCAGACUGGCAGGGAUGCAGGAAGCCAAGCAGAGGACUCCUUUGCUGCUCAAGCCAUCCCUCAGGGGCCCAGAGUUUCUCCUUCUUUCCUGCAAAAUGUCAGGAAAACCAAAGAUCUAUCAAGGAGUCCGGGUCAAGAUCACGGUGAAAGAGCUUCUGCAGCAGAGGAGAGCAAAACAGGCAGUUUCCGGAGAAGGCAGUGGCAGCUGUAUCCAGUUCACGGAAUCCUUUCCCCCGCCCUGUGCAGCGCCGUACAUAGAGGCAGAAGCCGUCUCUUCAUCGUCUGGCUGUUUGCAACCACAGCAGUUUCAGAACCCCACUUCUUGCGAGGAGAUCCCCAGUUCUUUGGAGCACCUUGUGGAUUCUUUCCUUCUGACUGAGGUGCCGUUGGAGGCCUCCUUGGGUGCUGCCCAGGACAACACACACUGUUCACCCAACAGCAGCUUCCAUCCAGGCCCUGCCUGUCUCAACCAAAGCCUGACCCCCGCGUCUCCGGAUUCUUCGGAUCUUUCCUUCGAUUAUAGCUACUCUCCAGCUCAGCUGCCUUCUUACGUCCCGCUCAGUUAUAGCUCUCCUUCUCCUCUGGACACCAAGAGCUGCAUGUACCCGUUGCCGGAGGGAAGCCCCUACCAACAACACUCCCAUGUACAGUACAGCCACACUCCGUCCACAUGUUACUGCACAUCUUGCAGCUCCCAGCACUUGGACACUUUCAGAGUCCCCGAGUAUUUCCCGUACACAAACAUGGACUGCAGCAGGGACUACGCCCCUUCCGUCUCUGCAGCAGACGACUUCUUCCGGAGGGACAGGAGCUGGGAUACGUGUUACAGUUAGGGGGGGAAUUGCUGCCUCUUGCUGUAGACAAAGGAAUCCAGUGGACUGUGGUGGCCAUUUUGGUUCCAAAGUACAUGGCAUGCUAAGCAAGUUUAAAAAAAAAAAGCUCUCUUGUAUUGGACUGGCCUGGGUUGGAGUGAGAGGAUGCAAGUAUUCGGACUUCACAGAUUGUUUCAUCAGGCAGGAAAAAAAGAGGGAAACAUUUCAGAACGGUUUAUAUUCUUCACUCAAACAAAAAUCAAAUCCCUGUGCCAGGAAACCCAUUCUAUACCAAGGACAGCUGGAUUUUGUGACCUGCCUAAAUUGUGCAAAAUUAUUCAGUCUCUUGCUGUGCAAAAAUUAUUCUGCUAGCUGUGGGGAGGAGCAAAGCAUUAAGGCCCUGCCCUCUGAUGAGUGGGUAUCUCAUUCAGCAACCCCUCCAGCUUCUGAAAUUUUAUCACAAAGUGCCCACACACUCUACAAGCAUGUCUUUAUGACCAGAUGGAUUACAUAUUUCCUUUAGGAAGUGGUUAAAGCUAAUAUUCCUAAGAAGCUGAAUUCUUUGACUAACACCACAUUCUGCAAUGUUUCUGUGUAUGCAUGGAUAGAAUGCACUGUGUAUGCGGCAUACAGGUAGCCUGCAUAAAAAGCACACUGCAGUUGUUUGCGUGUUUUACAGACAUUUGCAACCUAGCGUGCAUGUGUGUACAUAUGAUAUACAAGAAUGAAAAUUUUGUUCCCUUCCACCUGCCAGAUGAAGAAUUCUGUGAAACUGAAAAGCUUGCACAUUCCCACCAGUAAAACAUACCUUCCCUGCUUCUUAUCUCCCGUGAAAACAUGUUGAUGCUUGUGCUCAUAUCUGAUCAGCAGGCUCACCUUUGCAAACCUACGACUACCUAAAUUCAGCCUUUGCCUUCUUUCUGGUGGUGUUUUCUGUGGGGGUUCCCUUAAGGGUGCUAUCAAAAAUUUAAAACCACAUCACAGCAUUUCUUCUGUCAUUUUUAACAUUUAAGAUUUCAUUAAACUUCAGCCAAACCACUGUAGACUGGCUUUUUUUCUUU